GCUACAGUCACGUCGGCUUUUUGGUGGGAAAGUGAGUUAUCGUACACGUACAUUUAACUUAAAAUUAAAAGCAAUAAUACUCAUUUUCUGGUAUUUGCUAUAAUGCCAAAGUAAGCGUAUGUGUGUGACGUUCAUAACUGUGUGGAAGAUUUGUGCAUAACAGCGCUUUAUCCACUGUGUCUAUUGUUUGCUAGCGUGCUAUCACGUUAGCCAAGGGGUUUGUUGUUUUUUUGUCGCGACAGUCACAUCCAUUUAAAGUAUAUAAAUAUAUAUUUUUAAACAUUUUUAUGACUUAUUAGCUCGUUAGUAUACCGUUUAGCACAAGGCAAGGCGCCUGGUUGUUUUAUUUGACCUCACACAGGCUGAUACUCUGGUGUUAAAGCUGUCAGGAGUCCACAACAACAUGCCAGAAAUCAAACUCAAGCACGUUGUGUCUUGCAGCACCGAGGACACUACUCACAAAGCAGACAACCUGUUGAGCUCGGACACCUACAGAAAAUGGAAAGCAGCAAGAUCUGGGGAGAAGCAGACAUCAGUCAUUCUGCAGUUCGAGAAGGAGGAGCAGGUGCACAGCAUCGAUAUCGGAAAUGAAGGAUCAGCUUUCAUUGAGGUGUUAGUGGGGAAUUCCUCAGCUGUCAGAGACCAGGACUAUGAGGUUUUGUUGGUUACGUCUUCCUUCAUGUCUCCCACGGAGAGCCGAAACGGCACCAACAUGAACCGGGUGCGAUUCUUUGGGCCCAACCAGCUGCAGAAGAGCACAGCACAGGAGAAGUGGGACAGAGUGAAAAUUGUAUGCAGCCAGCCAUACAGCAAGAAUAUAGCGUACGGACUGGCCUUUGUCAAAUUCCAUUCACCGCCUGACAAAAAUGAUCCUCCUCCAACAUCUUCCCCAAAACUGACAAAGCUGGGACAGUUCCGGUUAAAAGAGGAGUCUCCAUCAUCCGGGCCCAGUCUACAACCUGGCAGUCUUUUCUUCAAUCGAGACAAUGCAACAAAAGCCAGCGCUUCGCUCAAAGUGUCUCCUCAGAAUGAGAAGUUGAGUUACGCUGCUGCUGCCCUGCAGGCUGGUGGCAGCUCGCAUCCAUCAGGCCAAGCUUCCUCCAACUCUGCCUCACCACAGCCACCAGCAAAGAGGAAAUUUGAGUUCAGCAAAGAGCGGCAGUCUGCCCCCGGCCCUCCUCCCUCGAAGAAAACAAGCCCAGCUGUUUCACCUGAGGGCAAAGCUGUGACCCCCAAACACAAACCCAGCCCAGCGAGCACGCCCAGCCCCAGCACCUCAAAAGCCUCACCAGCACAGAGGACUGCUGACAAGAAGAGGGACAGUCAGUCCAAACCUGAACCCAAACCCAAACAGCAGAAAGCCAAACCCCAGAGCGCACAGCAGGUCCCAUUCAACCGGUUGUUGGAGGGGGUGGUGUUUGUCCUCAGCGGCUUCCAAAAUCCCUUCAGAGGGGAGCUGAGGGAAAAAGCUCUGGAUAUGGGGGGCAAAUAUCGACCUGACUGGACACCUGACUCUACACACCUUAUCUGUGCCUUCGCUAACACCCCCAAGUACAGCCAGGUGAAAUCAGCAGGGGGCAUCAUCGUACGGAAGGAAUGGGUUAUGGACUGCCAUAAGAGGAAGCAGAAGAUCUCCUACAAGCGGUAUUUGAUGGAUGGAGCAGAGUCGAGCUCAGAGAGCGAAAUGGAGGUGGACGACCAGAGCGAAGAGGAAACGAACACCAAGACUCCACAGAAGCAGGAGAGACAAGUCACCCCCAAAAAGACACCAGAAAAGAGGAAUGAAGAUGAUGAGUAUGGCGGCUCUACUGAUGUUGAUGAACCAGGAGGUGACGAUGAUGAAUCUGCUUUAGACACAGAAGAUGAGCUGCAGAGGGUGGAGAAUGAGAGCAGACAGAAGAAAACAGCAGUACAGAGGAAGGUGGUGAAAAAGGAGGAGGAUCCAUAUGGGGGGUCAACAGAUGAAAACACAGACGCUGAGGCUGAAGAGGAUCAUCCCAUCCCUGAGCUACCAAACUUCCUGAACGGAAAGCACUUUUUCCUGUAUGGUAAAUUCCCUAACAAUGAGAGGCGCCUACUGUUGCGGUACAUUAUUGCCUUUAAUGGAGUGAUGGAGGAGUACAUGACAGAGAAGGUGCAGUUUGUGGUGACCAGCGAAGGGUGGCAUGACUCAUUUGAAGACGCGCUGAUGGAGAACAGCAAUCUGAACUUUGUUAAACCCUCCUGGAUUUACGCCAUCAAUGAGCGACAGAAGAUGCUGCCCUAUCAACCCUAUACUGUCGUCCCCUGAACAAUAGACCGCAUUGACACAAACUUGACAUUCUUACAAAGAAACAAUAGGUAAAGCCAUAGACAUGUUUUUUUCAGAUUCACCACUUCACUAACAAGAAGCAAUAACUCAGUUAUAUUAUGUUGACUUUAGACUUGCUAUUCAUGAAAUGUCUUCAGUCCUUCUUAUUUUCACUACAGAUGUUCUCUCCUUUUGGCCAAGCUAGAGAAACAAUUUAAAUGGUGUCUGUUAAAGUUAGGAUUAGGUUUGGAUUUAUGAUUAGCUUUUUACCAGAAGGUUCUUAGUCCUAGCUUGGCCUCAAAGAAACAUCUUCAUCAGUGUGCCGUUCAGCCACUUUGGCCUUCUGAAUGAAGAACACACUCUCUCUGAUUCAAGACUUCAUUUGAAUUUCUCGGUUUCUACGCUGCAGUUUGCUGCCGCUCACCUCAGCUACCUCAGGCUCUGUCUGGAAAUGACUUAUCACCAUGUCCUGACUGCCAGUGGCGCUGAUAAGACUCUGACUUGUGUAAGCAGGCAAAUUUUUAUGAGACCAGCCCAAAAAUCAGGUGAAAAAGUGCCAGUUAUUUUAUGGCUGCAGCCACCACCAAUUUGAAAAAUCAGGACAGCUUAAUUCUAGGAAUGAAAGCAAAAACAGCUUUUUUUUUUCUUCUUUUUAUUUUAUUAACUGCUGUGAGUGAUAAAGUAAUAGAUUUAUGUGUGUUGUUAAAGUUUGAUAAAUCUGAGUUUGAUAUUUCAUUUUAUUCAUGUCUGUGGAAUAAAUAUUGCGAGAGAUGAACUGGCUCGACAAAUAAGAGGAUGUAAAACAGACAACAGUGCUUUUUGUCACCUAUUUAAGUCAUGAAGAAGAGCUGUCAGGCUUUUCGUCUGUUUUGUACGUUCGCUUGUGAAAAGCAGCUUGUUUAAGUCUAUUUCUUAAACUUUUUUUCUUACAGUACUUAAUUAUUUUGUCCAAAUAAAAAAAAGAGA